AUGGCCGGCUCACCCAAUUCCAAUCUACGAGGCUUCAACCACGCCGUACAAACCCUCCUCAAACAACCAACCCAAUUCCUCCCACACCUCACAAUCCCAACUUUCACCUACCUCCCCGAGAACCUAGGACCACACCUGAUCAGCGCAAAGAAAGGACUCCAAACACCAUCCGAAAAACCACCGCACACACCCACUAUCCGCGCCCUAGUCCUUGAUAAAGACAACACGCUCUGCGCGGCGAAAACAACAUCCUUCCCACCGCAGAUCCUCGCCAAACUAUGCUCCCUCCGCACCUCGCCAACGUCCCCUUUCAACCAAACAACAAACCCGCACUCGAUCCUGAUCGUCUCGAACCGCGCCGGCAGCCACGCGAGCUUCGACGGCGAAGUCUCCGAGCUAGAAACGCAGCUUGCGCAUCUGCGCAUUCCUGUCUUUCGCCUGCCGGCGGGCGCGGAAAAGAAGCCAUUUUGUGGUGACGAGGUUGUGCAGUGGUUCCGGGAGAGAGGGGUUGUUGAAUCUGCGCAUGAGAUUGCUGUUGUUGGUGAUCGGCUUGGGACCGAUGUACUUAUGGCGGGGAUGAUGGGGUCAUGGAGUGUUUGGUGUAAGGAGGGGGUGUUUGAUGUUGGGAUGAAGGGGAAGCCGGAGCGGAAUAUUUUGGAGAAGAUGGAGGUUUGGAUUGAAUGGUUCCUUAGGGAGAAGCGAGGAUUUACGGCUCCAUUGCCGAUGGGGUGGGAGAAGCAGAAGCAGUUGUAG